GAGGGGGCGGAGGGUUGCGCUUGGUGACGGGAGGACGCGAGCGGCUCCGGGCUCCUCUGUCAGGGGGACGAGGACGAGGAGGAGAAGGAGGAGGAGGAGAAGAAAAAGAAAAAGAAAAAGGAGGCGGUGUUGGCGGCCGAGGCGGGCCGGGCCGAGGACAGCAUGAGGGCAUGAGGGGCAAGGGCGUCGUGGGCGGGGGCGGCGGCCAGGCCCACCCCAGCCCGCACCCCCAGGCCCACACCCGCCCCAACCACAACCCCAACCCCAACGCCGCCGCACUCCGGACACACACAACCGACAACAACAUGGCGGAGAGCCCAUCACCCGCCCAUCUGAUGGAGUCCUGAUGAUGAGUCUGUAACAUCCCAUUCGCUUUGGUGGCAACAGACUGCGAUGUCCCAAACACAGGAUUACGAUUGCAGGAGUCAUAAUGCUGAAGGGCAGGAUCCCAGGAGUACCGGAUCAAGUACCAGGCUGGAAUGGGUAGAGAUCAUAGAGCCCCGGACGAGGGAACGCAUGUACGCCAACCUGAUCACCGGGGAGUGCGUCUGGGACCCUCCUGCCGGGGUGAGGAUAAAACGCACCAGUGAGAACCAGUGGUGGGAACUCUUCGACCCCAACACGUCUCGUUUCUAUUAUUACAACGCCACCACCCAGAGGACCGUGUGGCACCGGCCGCAGAACUGCGACAUCAUCCCGCUGGCCAAGCUGCAGACCCUGAAGCAGAACACCGAAUCCCCCAGGGCCUCGACGGAAAACAGCCCCGGACGCAGUAGCAACGUCAGCCGGGAGGGAAGCACCAGCUCCUCCCUGGAGCAAGAGCUAGAAGGCAGCGAAAAGGCCCAGGAGCCGCAGGCGAGAGUCAACCGCCAGUCCGUGCAGUUCGGACCCACGAAAGAAGAAGCGGAGAGUUCUUCACCACCAGGAGUAUUUAUUGAGAAAGACUAUGAGAUUUAUCGGGAUUACAAUGCGGAAGGCCAGCUUCUUCACUACAGGACCUCCUCACUGCGGUGGAAUACGGGCACCAAGGAGCGGAUGCUGAUCAAGGUGACUGACCGGGAACCGAGCUUCCUCCUGCAUCAGGGGAACGGCUAUCCCGCCGACCACCAGCAGGCCACCCGGUCGCGGAGGCCCUCGGGAGGCCAGCAGUCCCCCAGCCUGCAGACGUUCGCCUCCGACACGGACAGCGCCGUCUUCUUUCCCGAGAGGAAGCCGUCGCCCUUCUUGAAGCGAGCGGAGCACGUAGGCAGCUGCUCCCCGCUGCUGGGCCGUGGCGACGCCUUCUGCUCUCCGCUGCAGACGCAGCACCGGAAGCCCUCGGGCGAGUCCCAGCCCUCGUCGCCCCGCUAUGCCUACGAGCCGCCCCUCUACGAGGAGCCCCCCAUGGAGUACCAGGCCCCCAUCUACGACGAGCCCCCCGUAGACAUGCAGUUCGAAGCCGGUGGGAACUACAAGGCCGGCUCCCCGCAGAAGUCACCCAUCCGCAAGCCCCACCCGUUCCUGCAGUCACCCAAGCAGACCUCCAACUCCCCCUACCAGCAGCUGGUUCUGACCAAGCAGAAAUGCCCCGACCGGUUCAUGAGCCUGGAGUACAGCCCGGCGGGGAAGGAGUACGUCAGGCAGCUGGUCUACGUGGAGCAGUCCGGCUCCAGUCCCAAGCUCAAGACGGGCCUGCGGCCCAAGUACUCCCCGAACCCCAUCGGGGGCUCCUACUCCAUGCAGCACAGCCCCUGCCUCAUCAGGGACCAGCGCUUGGAGAUCAAGUCGGGCGACUACAGCAGCAUGGAGGGCUCGGACUUCCGGCACGGUCAGCCCGGCCCCCAGCUCUCGCACGCGGAGGACUCCGUGUCCUGGGCCGGCCAGCAGGACACCAUGUCUUCGACGGGCUACUCCCCCGGCACCAGGAAGAGGAAAAGCAGGAAGCCCUCCCUGUCCCAAGACCCCAACGCCUCGUCCACCGACGGCUCGGGGGACCGAGACCUGCUCGGCGAGCAGCUCGUGGCCGACGAGCGGGCCCCGCCCGGCCCGAACCGGCCCCAGAUGAGCCGCACGGAGAGCAAGUCGAUCGAGGCGGAGAUGGUCCGGGGCUUCCCCGAGCCCUUCCUGGCCCAGGCCAGGCUGGCGUGGGAGGCCCAGCAGGCCCACUACCAUAUGAAGCAGCGGAGCAGCUGGGAUUCCCAGAAGGACGGCUCGGGCUACGAGAGCGACGGAGCCCUGCCCCUGCCCAUGCCCGGCCCGGUGGUCCGGGCUUUCAGCGAAGACGAGGCCUUGGCCCAGCAGGAGAGUAAGCACUGGAAGAGGAAUACCUUUGAGAAGCUGGGAUUUCCUCAGAUCCUGCUGGAGAAAAGCGUCUCCGUCCAGACCAACCUGGCUUCUCCGGAGCCCUACCUACAUCCGUCUCAGUCAGAGGACCUCGGUGCCUGUGCCCAGUUUGAGAGCAGCAGACAGAACCGGAACAUGAUGCCCAGCGCCAGCUGUGUUUUCCCCACUUUCACCCUGCGCAAGCCGUCCUCGGAGACCGACAUCGAGAACUGGGCCUCGAAGCAUUUUAACAAACACACCCAAGGGCUCUUCCGGAGGAAAGUGUCCAUCGCCAACAUGCUGGCCUGGAGCAGCGAGUCCAUCAAGAAACCGAUGAUCAUGACGAGCGACCGCAACGUGAAGAAGGAAGCCUGCGAGAUCUUCAAGCUGAUCCAGAUGUACAUGGGGGACCGCCGGGCCAAGUCCGACCAGCUCAACGUGGCCCUGGAGAUCGCCACCAAGGGCUGGAGCAUGCAGGGCCUCAGAGACGAGCUGUACAUCCAGCUCUGCCGGCAGACGACGGAGAACUUUCGCUACGAGAGCCUGGCUCGAGGCUGGGAGCUCAUGGCCAUCUGCCUGGCCUUCUUCCCGCCGACCCCCAAGUUCCACUCCUACCUGGAAGGGUACAUUUACCGGCACAUGGAUCCAGUCAACGACACCAAAGUGACUCAGCACAUAAAAGAGCUCCUGGAAAGGAACAAUAAGAAGAAAUCCAAAUUGAGAAAGAAACCAAAGCCCUAUAUUGAAGAGCACGAUGGGGUAGCAAUAAGCACAUACGCCAAGUAUUGUUACAACAAGCUCCAGAAGGCAGCCUUGACGGGAGCAAAGAAGGGCCUGAAGAAGCCAAAUAUUGAGGAGAUCCGGCAUGCAAAGAACGCCGUGUUCAGCCCGUCCAUGUUUGGCAGCUCGCUGCAGGAGAUCAUGAAUAUGCAGAAGGAGCGUUACCCCGACCGGCAGCUGCCCUGGGUGCAGACCAGGCUCUCGGAGGAGGUGCUGGCUCUCAACGGUGACCAGACGGAGGGCAUCUUCAGGGUCCCCGGGGACAUCGAUGAGGUCAACGCCCUGAAACUACAGGUAGAUCAGUGGAAGAUCCCCACCGGCCUGGAAGACCCCCACGUCCCCGCCUCCCUGCUGAAGCUGUGGUACCGGGAGCUGGAGGAGCCCCUGAUCCCCCAUGAGUUCUACGAACAGUGCAUCACUCACUACGAGAACCCAGAGGCCGCCAUCGCCGUCAUCCACUCUCUGCCCCGGAUCAAUAAAAUGGUGCUCUGCUACCUCAUCCGCUUCCUCCAGGUCUUCGUCCAGCCCGCCAACGUGGCCAUCACCAAGAUGGAUGUCAACAACCUGGCCAUGGUGAUGGCUCCCAACUGCCUACGCUGCCAGUCGGACGACCCGCGGAUCAUCUUUGAGAACACCAGGAAGGAGAUGUCCUUCAUCCGGGUCCUCAUCCAGCACCUGGACACCAGCUUCAUGGAAGGGGUGCUAUAGCGAAGAAGGGGGCAGGCCCACGCCCCGCCCGCACCUCCUCCCCCGCCGGCCCCCACGCCCCACACCGCACAGAGACGCGGCACGGAGGAAAGGGACCGCGCCGGCCGGCCCGUCGCCCGUCCGCCCGCGGCUGGGGCGGCUCUCCCCCGGCCCCUCGGUCAGCCUCCGCCCCAGAGACGUCUCUCCCUUCCGGGUGCCCGUCCCGACCCCGGCCCCUCUCCCCAGAUGGGAAGACUUUCGGCGGGCGCCUGAGCCCUGGCGGGAAAGAGCCCGGCUGACGGGUAGAGGUGGGGCUGGGUUGAGUUCCCAGGGCGGCCCGGGCCCCACGGGUCUGCGUUCGGAUUGGAAAUAAGGAGAGGUAAAGGGUACCACCGGAACGAGGGCGCGGAGACCCCCCCCUCCGACCGGAUCCGGCAGGGAAGGCCUUGGGCUGGGGCCGCUCUCCAGAGCCUGCCAGGUGGUUCGGCCGCUGACGCUCUCAGAACCCUUUGCCGGGCCCUCCGCCCGUAGCGGAGGGAAGCCGGUGCUCUGGAGAAGAUCUCUCGGGGUGGGGGGGGGGAGGCUGAGCCUGUGGCGGAAGGGUGCGGGCCCGGGGCAGGUGACGGAUGGCCUUCCAGAGUCCAUCCGGCCAGGGGGACGUUCAGGCCGCGGGGCGGGCGAGCGUUCGGCGCGGACGUUCCCCGGUUCGUUCCCCUCCGGAAAGCGUCGUCGUGUGAAAAGGGAGCGGGUGAGGUCUCCGGACCCAGCUCCGGGGUUUGCGGCGAGGGAAGGGGGGAGGGAAGGGGGAAGGGGAGGGGGGAGGGGCUGAGGGAAUGUAUUGACCACUGAAAUAAGCAUGACAGGUUAUGAACUCACGAUACCCACACGGGACAGUCGCACCCCUCCCAGGCCCUCCCGGGGGAAAUAGGGGGAAGGCUGAGCCAGGGCAAGGCCCACCGUCCGCCCGGUGUACAGAUUUCUCCACGGUUUUGUGUCGGCCCCGGUCCGCGUCGCGUUCACGCAGCGGGCCGCCCGCUCCCCAGCCCGGCAGCCGCCCAGCGGAAGCUCGCCCGGGCCCGGGAGCGGAGAGGCCGGCUGCCGGGGGAGCCCGCGGGGGUUCGGCCCCCCUCGGCCUCCGGCGGGCCCAGCCCCUCGCGGUUUCAGAGCAGACGGGAUCUAAAUCUAGCCAGAGAUGAUGUCCGAGCAGAAGAAGAGCGAGUCGUCGUCGUCCUCCUCCUCCUCCUCCUCCAGCUUCUGACCCCACUUCCGAGGCUUCCUGGCCAAAGCCGCCCCACGUGUCAAAGCGUCCCUCCGGAUCCGGCUCCGAUUCCUCCGGUCCCGGCCCCCUGUCCCCGGCCCCCUCCCUCUCUUCCUUCCCAGGCUGCUCCAGUCCUCUUUGCCCUCUGCUUGUUUGGCUUUGGACCGCCUCCCUGUCCCCGGGGCCCGCUCCCUGCCCCGCUUCCUCUCCCCUUUGCUCAGCUCUCCAGGUGGGCGCCGGCCGCCGGCUUCCCUUUCUCCUCCCGGGAUCUGCCGGCCGGUGGCCUCUGCCUUCCCGUCCCCAAGUAGCCCCGUGGGGAGAGGCCGGGUGCGGCCGUUAGGGCCCUUCCCCCCCCCCGCCUGGCGGACCCCACCUUGGGCCUGGCCUGUCCAAACUUGCGUCCCAUCCCCCCGAACCCAUCCGCAGCGGGUGCUCUUCCUGCCGUGACAGCUCCAGGCCCCCCGCCCACCGGUCAGGACGGAAGCCCCCCUUCCAAGCCGUGGGACGAGGUGCCCCGGCCACUCUUUUCCCCUCCCCACGCUGACCCUCUGGCUUCUGCCCGAUGUCUCGUGAACUCCUUCCGCUACUGAGAGGGGGCCGCUUCUCGUCUCCCUGCCUCCCUCCUAGGUUCCCGGUCUCCGGGGGCGGUCCGAUCUGGCGGCGGGUGGAGAGGGUGCAGAGCCUCCAAGCCCGGGCAGCUCACCUGGCUCCCUUUGGGCAAUCCCUUUCCCCCAGGCCGGGGCCCGGCGAGUCCUCGGGAGCGGGAGGGAGUCCGGCGUCCAGCCGGGGCCCGGGGAAUCUGCUGCUCGUUUAACCGAAGGGUCCGUUUCCGGCUGCGGCGAUCCUACCUCCCCCUCCCGUCCUAGCCGUACCCUUUCCACCUCAAGUGGCCUUUCCUCUGACCCCAGCUGAGCCUCCUCCCCGCUCCUCCCUCCGCGCUCCGCCUCGCUUCGGCCCCCGGCCUCCCCCCGACCCUCUCCGCCGCGUUGGAGCCACGUGCCCUCUUCGCCGGCGGGACAGACGCCACGGGGGUCUUGAGAGCGAGGCCCCCGGGGCGGGCCGGGAGGCCGCGGCCGUCCGUCGCCAGAGCGGGAGGCCCGAAGCCGCGGCUCGCCGCGGUGCCGUCCCCCGCCCGAACCAAAGUGCUCUGGCCUCUCCCUCCCGCCACCCGGUCUGGUCCGAGGCGCAGAAGCUGGAGUCCACCUGGGAGCCCGGGUCCCCGCCUUGCCCACCCUCUGAGGCCCAGGUAGGACAGGGCGGGCCGGGGGACUCCGGGCCAACCGGAGAGUAGUCCGUGGCAGCGGCAGGGAUGGCUCGGGGGGGUGUCGGGGUAGGGAGGGGAAAGGGAGAAGCCUCGGAGAUUAUUUUUUGUUAGCGGAACUGUAGAUCCAGACUCUAGUCAUCGUCCCAAGCCGGUAAGAAUCUAUGUAUAGAGAUAUAAAUAGAGUGAGAGAGAUAUAAGUACUAAAUUUGCUAAUGAGAUAGUUUUAAUCCAAAUGCUAUUUAUCUCCCCACCGUCGCCCCACCCUCCUCGCCUAGGUAUUGCCCAUCUUUCCUCUCCGCCCUUCUUGGCUUCUGACCAAAAAGCAAACCCGACUUGGGGAGAAGCGCCCUUUCCCCCACCGACCCCGGACGCGGACUCUCCCCGCCCCCUCCCCGGCUAGAGAGAGCCGUGGUCGCCGCAAAGGACUCCCGGGCGUCUCUUCGGGGGCCUCGGGGGGCCUGCCGGGGCAACUCGGGGUUAGUCCCAGAGGUCCCCGGACACCAAAGGAAAUAAUCCACGAGGUCCAGGCGGUGGGCACCGCUCCCCUCCACCCAGGGAGGGUGACCUCUGCCCUUCGGCCUCUGCAGUCAAGGCGAGAGAAGCCAGGAACCUCCCUGCUUAUCCAUCUCGGGAACGAUUUUCUUCCUCUGUGCAUCCCCCUGCACGCGUGAGAGUGGUCGUGCGUGCGUAUGUGUGUGCGUGCCUGUGUGCGUGCGGGCGGGCGCGCGAAUCGAUCCCGGGAUUCCCAGCCGCCCGGGCCCCCGGAGCCCACCGGCCCCAUCCCCCGGGGCGCUGGGGACGAGGGGUGGGCUUCCCCUCGGGGCACCGGCCUCUCUCUCGCUUCGUGGCCACGAGUCACAGGGUGUAUAAAAUUCACAGGCGCGAAGAGGCAGCCGCCUCUCAGCUAGUGCCGGGCCCGGCCGAGCUGCGGUUUCCCUCCCUUCUUGUUUUUAAGACGAAAUGGGGCUUUCUCCCACUUGUACAUUUUUCAAUGUUGGAUUUUUCUGUUGUUCUGGUUGUUGUAAAACUUCAGUUUUUUUUCCUGUUUUUAUAUAUCUAUUUUUUUUAGAAUUGAGUUUUUAUUUAUUAUUAUUAAAAAAAAAAA